GCUGCACUCCUCUGUCGCCUCCCAUUUUCGGGAAGUUUAAAGGGUCUACUCCUUGUAACAACGCUUGGGGCAGUAUCUGUUCUGUGACCUGCUCUGUAGGACACACCCUUGUCGGUCCAUCUGAAACUACUUGCGAGUAUGAUGACAUCAGGAUGAAAUGGGAUCGCCAAUCGAUACCAUACUGUGACGAAACGCAAUGUUCAGCUCUAACCAUUCCUGAUAACGUAUACGUCUACCCCACGAUGUGCACCGGUACGGGAAAGCUAUACUAUGGUACAACCUGUUCCUUCUUCUGCAGCGAUGGGUUAACCUUAGAGGGCGCUGAUACACCUGUUAGUUGCCUCAGUAACGGUACCUGGGAUAGGACAGUGAAUGAAAACACAAAGAUGGCGUGCGUCGAUCGAAUUUCUCCAACCGUCCUCUCCUGUCCUGGGCCGAUAUCAGCAAUGCGCACUGAGAAUUGGGGAGUGGAAGUCCCCUUCGAUGUCCCUGUGGCAACCGACAACUAUGACGGCAAUCUGGAGAUCGUUAAAACUCCUAAGAAUCUGUCUUCGCCAUUCAACUUUACUAUCGACACGUUGUGUAUUUACGAGUUCUACGACGACAACAACAAUAGCGUGUCCUGUGCUUUUCAAAUCUACGUUGAAGAUUCCUUGGUACCUAUCGUUGAAUUUUGUCCUGUUGACAUGAACGUCACUGCGACUCAACGCCUGACGGAAGUAAACUGGGAAGAGCCCGUGUUCUAUGAGGUGACUGGUGACCCUCUAAAAAUCACCAGUAACUAUGACAACCCCUCUGAGCUACCUUGGGGCACUGCAGUUGUUGUCUAUACGGCUAUCAAUACCGAUAACGGAAAGGUUGCCAUCUGCCAGUUUAGCGUUGAUGUCAAACCUGUACCCUGUAGAAGCUUGGACCCACCAGUGAACGGAGCGCUAGUCUGCGACGCGUGGGUAUACGGCCGGUUUUGUACUAUGUUUUGCAACCAGAACUACGACAUACCCCGUCAAAGUGCAGCUAAUGAACCACCCGAUCUCUAUGUAUGCGGAACGUCGGGACUGUGGUCUCCCCAUGCCAAUGUACCAGAUUGCUCAGAGGUCAGACGUGCAGGUCGAAGCAAUUUACCAAGUGAGCUGCUGUACUACGCAGGAACCUGCGGAGACGCAACAACCAACAAGGAGAUUGCCGAAAACUUUAUAAUCAUCAUUAAAAACUCCCAGUACAAGGAUAUUUGCAAAGAUGCGCAGGAGUGUUCCAUUCAAAACGUAGAGGUUACAUGCGGUCCAACCAUUUUGUCCACAUCCCGCAGCGAAAUCCGCUCGCGGAGACGCAGGCGGAGUCAACAAAAGCACGUCGAAGACACGAUCUCACGAAGAGGUGUUAAAGAAACACCCAGCGUCGAUAUUCAGCAGCAGCAGUAUGAAUAUGCGAUCUACUGGGAAUUUGCCAUUAAUGUGGACCAGGAUCCUUCCCUCAGCAACUUAGACGCCGCCCUCAACGCCGAAAUUGUCACGAUCCAGAUGGUUGAUGCCAUAAAAGCGGAUAUCGAUAACGGCACCUUCCCGCCACCAUCAGUACCGGGUUUCGAUCUUGAAGUACAAAAUGAUUCUUUGGAAUAUGGGUAUACACAGGUUGAGUGCCCCAGUGGUUACAUCUCUGACAACAGCGAUCUGCAUUGUUCUGCAUGCACCACUGGGACCUACUAUAGCAACUCAACAAAGGAAUGUCUUUCAUGUCCUCGAGGGACUUUCCAGGAUAAGCAAGCUAUGAUGUCAUGCAAGGCAUGUCCUGAAGAUAAAUGGACACCCGACGAGGGCGCUACAAACGCCACUGAGUGCAAAGAUAAAUGUUUACCCGGUACAUUUUCCAGCACGGGCGUUGCACCUUGUUACCGCUGUGACUUCGGAUUCUAUGAAAGCAAGCCAUUUAGUACUAACUGUGCCAUAUGCCCAAAUGAAACAACAACGCUCCAGAGAGGUUCAAACUCGUCUGGUCAGUGUAAAGCCGCCUGUGAGCCAGGACAUUAUUCGGAGUCAGGUGUUGCACCCUGUGUUAGAUGUCCAAUGGGAAGCUACCAACCGUCCCGACAAAUGACAUUCUGUAUAGGCUGUCCCGGAAAUAAAACCACUCUUACAGAUGGUGCCAUUUUGAGUAUACAGUGUCUAGAUAUUGACGAAUGCAACAGUCAACCAUGCCAGAACAACGCUACCUGUCUGGAUAGAUUGGAGAGUUACUCCUGUCUAUGUGUUCCAGGUUUUACUGGGGAAAACUGCGAAGAAAACAUCGAUGAAUGUGGCUCUAACCCUUGCCUUAAUGGAGCAACUUGCAAGGAUAAUAUUAACUCCUAUGCAUGUCAGUGUGCGCCGGGAUACGAAGGGGAUGGAUGCGACCUAGACCUCGAUGAAUGUCUGUUGACACCGUGUCAGAACAACGGUACCUGUGUAAACUAUGCUGGUUCCUAUGAAUGCCGAUGUACUGAUGAGUUUCACGGGCAGAACUGCGAGUAUGAAAUCAACGCCUGUUCUCCGAAUCCCUGCCAGAAUGGAGCGACUUGUGACAGUGUUCCUGGUGACGUGGUCGGUUACAAGUGCAUUUGCACCCCAGGUUAUUCCAACACAAACUGCUCUCGCGACAUCAAUGAAUGCAACAGUGACCCUUGUCUCAAUGGAGGGUCGUGUACUGAUGAAGUGGCCAGCUACACAUGCGAUUGUCCGAACGGUUACAAAGGGGAUAGAUGCGAGAUCGACAAAGAUCUGUGUGAAGAUGUUGCAUGUAAAAACAACGCCACAUGCAUAGACUUCGGUACAUAUUGGGCCUGUUUGUGUACGUCUCAUUAUGCCGGCAUAUUCUGCGAGAAAAACAAAACUAUUUGCGAUGACGACCCGUGCCAGCAUGGUGGCAACUGCACAAACUUAGAGGGAAACGAGUUCAGCUGCGAAUGUCGUGCAGGAUUUGUAGGUCAAAGUUGUGAGAUUGUCAUAGAUGCAUGCUUGUCUGGUCCAUGUUCCAACGAUGCAUCGUGCAGUACCGAUCCGAAUGGGCACUCGCUAUGUCUAUGCACACCAGGUUACACAGGGUCUUUCUGCGAAGAUGAUAUCAACGAAUGCUUGUCAGAGCCUUGCGGUGCCAACGGAACAUGCAUCGACAAGAUCGCCUCUUAUGAAUGCAACUGCGCAGAUGGCUGGGAAGGACCUAACUGUGCAGUGAAAACGAACUUCUGUGUGGAAAACCCCUGUGACAAUGGAGGCACUUGCAGUAAUGUGGAAGAUAGCUAUGUUUGUAUUUGCCCUGCAGGCUACAAAGGAGUUGAAUGUGGGAUAGAGGUUAAGCUUUGUUCUUCUGAACCAUGUUACAACGGAGGUACUUGUCAGGAGAAUCUCAAUGUUCUUCAUUGCCAAUGUCCUCCAGGGUUUAUCGGUGACUACUGUGAAGUCAACAUAGAUGAAUGCAACUCAAUGCCGUGUUUUAACAAUGGAACAUGUAUUGAUGAGGUGUCGUUCUACCGCUGCAUGUGCCUGACGGGAUACACCGGCUCCCAAUGUGAACAGAUCAUCUAUCCUUGCCUUGAUUCACCAUGUGACAAUGGAGGAACCUGUUCACAUUUAGCACCUGGCUCACACAGGUGUUAUUGUCCUGAAGGUUUUACUGGUGACAACUGCGAAACAGACAUCAAUGAAUGCAGCAGCUUUCCCUGUUUCAAUUAUGACGAGUGUGUGGAUGAACGUAAUGGUUAUUCAUGUAUCUGCAAGGCUGGUUUUAGUGGCACCCACUGUGAGGUUGAUAUUAAUGAGUGUGCAUCCUCACUCUGCCAGAAUAACGCGAUUUGUGUCAAUCUUCCCGGUGACUUCUCUUGCGAAUGCUUGCUUGGAUACGAAGGGGUGUUUUGCGAGACCGAUAUCGAUGACUGCAUGCAGCAGCCCUGUAAGAAUGGAGCGACCUGCCUGGAUAUAGUGAAUGCUUUCAGAUGCAUCUGUGCUCCAGGAUUUAUCGGGACUACCUGCCAGGUGAUAGAGGCCCCGCAGUGCUAUCCGGCGAAUCCCUGUAUGAACGGUGCCACGUGCUCGGGUAGAAGUGACAGUGCGGAGUACACAUGUGAUUGCUUGGCGGGAUUCACGGGGACCCUUUGUGAAGAGAACAUCGACGAGUGCAUCAGUAAUCAGUGCCUGAAUGAAGCAACAUGCAUUGAUAAGGUGAAUGGAUAUGUUUGUCGCUGUCCACCAGGAUACGAUGGUGUCCUCUGUGAUGAGAAUUAUGACGAAUGCACACCAAACCAGUGCGAGAAUAAUGGUGUUUGCAUUGAUCUUGUCGAUGGCUUUAUUUGUGAUUGUCCAGAAGGGUUUGAUGGAACUUUGUGUCAUGUCAACAUCAAUGAAUGCGAGUCUACACCAUGCGAACACGGAGGAACGUGUACAGAUCAUGAAGGAUUCUUUACAUGUGAAUGUUUACUUGGCUAUAGGUAA